AUUGUCUCCACAGCGAACGAAGCCGGGGAGACGCCGCUGGACCUCGCCAGACGUCUCCGCCACACUCAGUGUGAAGAGCAGCUGAUUCUGGCUCAGACAGGAAAGUUUAACGUGCACGUUCACGUGGAAUACGAGUGGCGUCUCCAGAACGACGACAUGGACGAGAGCGAGGACGAGAUGGAGGACAAGCCGAUCCCGGUCCCGCCCCGGCGCGAGGAGCGUCCAAUCAGCUGCUUCGUGCCGGGCAGCGGCGCCGGGCCCAACAUGGCGGCGCUGGCGCGCGACGCCGCCUCGCUAGCACGCGAUAAGCAGCGGCCGCCGGCGAGCUCGAUGAUCAGCAACGAGACGUACGGAACCAUGAUGGACCUCAGCCUGCCGCCACUGCCGCCCAGAGGGCCCAGCAGGGGACCCUGUAAACCUGCUGUCAUGGAAACGGUAGGAAGACAGCGUUCGUCCUCCGACCCCCCCAACCCUCAAACCCCCGACAGGGACUCCUCCAUGUACGUGCUCCCAGUGGUUCCUCCUCCUCCAGUCAACAAGAGGACCACCAUGUUGGAGACCAAGGCCAGAACCGUCCCCCUCCCCCCCCGGCCCCCCCCAGUCCCCCCACCGCUGCCUGUCCCACCGCCCCCCGUCUUCAGAGCUCCGCCCGCCCCCCCUCCGGUCCCCCCGCCUGUCCCUCUUCACCAGACCAACAAACCAGCUGGACCAGCACGACCCAAGUCCCCCAAAUCUCCCACCGGGUCAGAGAAGGCUCCUCAGAGACCUCCGGUCAGGGCCCCCUCCAAGGAGAAACAAGGACCUCGGUCCAAAUCCCCACACGAGGCGACCCCCCCCCCGACCCCCAAACCUAGGAGCACCUUCUCC